CAGCACAGAAGGUUGUUUAUGCCUUUAAAUAUGAACCGAACGCCACUUGGAGAACAUACAGAUUUUGCUAACAAUUGUUGAACGAUCUUUGUUAAAAGCCGUCAUCAUGAAGUUAUUGAUUGAAAACUUAUUACCAGUGCUUAUUCUGUCUAUUGUUACAUCAUCGCAUAUCACGCUUGCCAAAGUUAGUGUUACCGAUUUUAACGUAGAUGUCCCAGACAACGAGAUAAUCGAUUCAUGGAGACACAAACUAUUGAAUAAUCUUAUUUCUUCAGAGAUUAUUAUCAAACAGAAUUGCCCAGAAGGUGAAAUAGAGGCCGAAAUAACGGUCUAUAAAGACGAUGACAUAAUUCUUCAAAAGAACACGAAAUUGGAUAAACCAAUGAUAGACUUCCAAAACUAUGGCAUUUGUGCAUCGAUAAAAACCCCAGAUCUGGAUGAUGAUUCAUGCUCUAUCGCACAGGGUGAACAAGGAGCUUCAGAGUGCGAUGUAAGCGAUUGGUUCAGCAGUAUGAACCCCGGAAGUUAUGCUGCAAAAUGUGAUUUCAAGCGAGAUGGCAAUCUAAUUGCUGGUAUCACACUAAGCAUAAACGUAGAGUCCGAGUAGUAAUAAAAUAUUUGAUUUCGUUCGAAAUUACACUAUCAGAUAUCUUUCAACGUUUAUAUCUACUAUAUCCUAUGCAUGAUUGUAAUUAUUGCUUACUUAAUGUUGUAAAAGUAAUUCCUAUUUUCUUUGGAUAAUAAAGAUAUUAGCAUACA